AUGACGACGGAAUCCGUCCUCCGUUCGCAGCAGCUGGACCACCUCCGCUCACUACUUUCCCCGACCGAAAUCAUCUCGCCGUCGUCAGAGCUCUACGAAUCGCACACAUCGACAUGGGCGGCGCAGAAGAAUCGUCACCCGCGUCUCGUCGUGCGGCCGAGCUCGAUACAGUCCCUCUCGACGAUCCUCAAGUACCUAUCGACUUCGGACCUGGACAUGGCGGUCCGCAGCUCCGGGUACGGCUCGGCGUCGGCGAGCGAUGUGGUGAUCAGCAUGGAGUGCUUUGACGAGUUCGAGUAUGAUGGCGAGAGCCGGAUUGUGACGUUGGGCGCGGGAUUGCUUUGGAGGGAGUACUACGAGAAGAUGGAGAGGGUGGCGCCGGAUUAUCAUGUGAUCGCAGCACGAACACCCGCUCUGGGCGUCGGAGGCAGCGUCCUCUCGGGUGGUUUCUCCUGGCUGGCCCGGCAGUACGGCAACACCUCGGACCCAGACAACAUGGUCGACGCCGAGGUCGUCACUCUGGACGGCACGGUUCUCUGGGCGUCGCAGGAGCCCUCGCUACUGUGGGCACUGCGCGGCGCGGGCGCGAGUUUCUGCGCCGUGACAAAGUUCAAACUCCGUGCGUACCCCUGUCCCAGGGAUAUUUUCGCGGGCCCCAUCGUCAUUCCGCGUCGCCAGCUCGCUCUCGUCGCCAAGGGCAUUGCGGACAUGAAUGCUCGAGCGGAGACGCUGGCACCCCAGGUGUCGAUGGACCUGUACGUGGUGCGGAAGGAACAGGCGGCGCAUAUGGGCGCCACCGAAGAUCUGCUGAUCGUCCAGGCGUUCGAUGCCCUAGGUGAAAAACACGGAAGGUCCGAGGGUGGGUUUAAAUGGGCGCUGGAGAUUCCUGGCGCGGUGGACAUGACGCAGGUCACCAACCUGCGCGGCGUCUCAGAGAUGCACGAACAAGUAACCUCCCUCAAGUCCCGGUUCAAAACCUGCUGGCAGCCCCUGAUUGUGACGACACUCACCGAGGAAACCAUCCUCAACGCCGUGCGCUGGUUCGACAGCGUCGGCGCCGCGGGUGGUUCCAUUGCCAACAGCGUACAACUCGUCUUUGAGUGUCUCUGCACGCGGGACUCGACGAGCGAAUACGGGGCCUCGGGGUCAGCAUGGCCACGACCACGGGGGAUGAAGAACACGAUCAUCUGCGCGGCGGGGUGCGAGGCCACUGCAGAUGAUAACGAACUCGCAACGGCGCGACAACUCUGCCUUGACGCCCCGGGCGUGAUUCUCGGCUACUUGCGAAGUGGGCAGGAAGGCGUAACGGUACGGUACGCGCCAAAUGCGCUGGAGGAGUACCAUGAUCUGAAAGACGUGAGUAUAUCACCGAAUACUUGGUUCUUGAAUAUCUGGACGAACGAUUGA